UCUCACUUGUCUUGACCACCCCCUCUCUGAUAGCUGAACAAAAGAAAAUGGAUACCUUCAAACAGAUUUUAGUACUCUGCUUUCUGGUAGCUUGUGAGCUCACUCACCACAGCGCCAGAGCUGUCGGCUUAGGAGCCGCGGUUCUUGGCAAAAUCAUGCGCCCUGAUGACGCAUGCAAUAAAGUCGAAACAUCCGAAACCAAAAUCCAUUUCUGUUUCAAGGACAAUCGAAAGAAAACUGAUGGCUUUGUUACCAUUGCACAACCUGUGCAGCGGAUUGCACAGGGAGUAACAACUUCAGCCGAUUGCACAAAGCUGGGCAACGGUUUUCAAGUGACAAAGUGCUGUUCAGUAGGCUCCUUCUCUUUAGCACCAAAAGCAGGAAAACCAUUAUUCAACCCAAAUUUCUUUGUUAAUGUAACUCCAGCCAGCUUUGAUUUGGCAUGUAAUAAACAACCUUGAUUUAGAAGUUACAACAUAUCAACCUUGUACUUUUACAUUUUUUUUUGAUUCAUCCUGAUUCCCAAUGUGCACAUAAGAUCUUACUCACCAGAGAAGAUAGAAAAAUUUGUUUCCACAAUGUACUGAGAGUCCCUUCCUCCUGUGUUAUAGCAUACUUUUUCUAAUAAAGAGAAAAAAAAUGCAAGUCUGAAAGCUUAUCAACAUUUUCUUCAAAUGUUUUUUUUUUCCAAAGUCCCUACAUUGAUACGAAAUAGAAGGGCAAAAAAAUAUCUUCCAAGAUUGAGGUUGGUUUUCUUUACAAAAA